AUGUCCGGCCAGCACUCACCACCGCCGCCGCCGCCGCCCGGCGGCAACUACGGCAGCAUAGACGACAGCCCCGACAAGCCGCACGGCGGCGGCGGCGGCGGCGUGCUCGCGGCCGGGUCCGAGACGGAGUCGACGUCGGACGACUUCCAGGCCAUCGACCCACACAGCGGCGUCAAGCGCGGGCUCAAGACGCGGCACCUGAGCAUGAUGGCGUUGGCCGGCAUCAUCGGGCCGGGCCUGCUGGUGGGCUCGGGCGGCGCGCUGGCGAGCGGCGGGCCCGCAGCGCUCGUCAUCGGCUUCGCCGUCAUCGGCGUCGUCGCCUUUAGUGUGAUGCAGUCUCUGGGAGAGCUGACGACGCUGUACCCCAGCGGCGGCGCCUUCACGGCGCUGGCCGACCGCUUCGUCGACAAGGCCUUUGGCGUCGCCGUGGGGUGGAACUACUACAUCAUCUGGUGGGCGGUGCUGGCAAAUGAGUACAACGCCAUCUGCAGCAUCUUCACCCUGUGGGCUGAGCAGGUGCCCAUCUGGGGGUACUUCCUCAUCUUUUGGGCUGCCUUUGCCGCCUUCCAGCUCCUGGGUGUCGAGACUUUUGGGGAGGCUGAAUACAUCGGUGGAGGGAUCCCAGGAGCCCCAGCCCUUGGCUCCUUGUACUGGCGCGAGCCCGGUGCAUUUGCCAACGGCUUCAAGGGAAUGGCGACGGUUUUUGUCUUUUGCUCCACGUUUUACGCUGGCGUCGAGUCGGUGGCUGUGGCAGCCACUGAAACCAAAAACCCCCGCGUGGCAGUGCCGUUGGCGAUCCGCCAGGUAUUCUGGCGCAUCAUUUUCAUCUACAUGGGAUCCGCUAUUUUCUUCGGUCUGACGUGCCCUUGGGAUGCCGACGGCCUGAUCAACGGUGGCAACCGGGCUCUGCGGAGUCCCAUGACGGUGGCGAUCCAGAACGCCGGGUGGGCGGGCGGCGUGCAUCUGAUUAAUGCCUUCAUCUUCGUGACGUGCCUAAGCGCCAUCAACUCGAGCAUCUUCAUCGCCAGCCGCACGCUUCUCUUCAUGGCGCAGGACCGCAUGGCGCCGCGCUUCCUGGGCUGGACGGACCGGCGCGGGGUCCCGAUCCCGGCCAUCGUGGUGGCCAACGCGUGCGGCGCCCUGAGCAUGAUGAACAUCUCGACGGGCGCGGCGCAGGCCUACGCCUACAUCGUCAACCUGUCUGGCGUCUCGACAUUUCUGGUCUGGGGCGCCAUCUCGUUUGUGCACAUGCGCUUCCGGGCCGCCUGGGCUGCGCAGGGCCACACGCCCGAGGACCUGCCCUUCCGCUCGUUCGGGUACCCCUGGAACGCCUACUUUGGGCUGGGCGCAAAUGUGUUCCUGGCGCUGGUGCAGGGCUGGUCGACGCUCGCGCCCUUUGACGCGGCCACGUUUGUGGAUGCGUACAUCCUGCUGCCGCUCUUCCCCAUCAUCUACUUCGGGUACAAGCUGGUGUUCAAGACCAAGGUGCGGAGAGCGCUCGAGAUAGACCUGGUGUCGGGACGGCGCAGGGAUCUGGAGGAGGACAAGGAGGUGGGUCAGGGGACACUGGGCGACGAGGCUCUGCCGCUGUGGAGGAGGCUGUGGAACAGUUUUUGA